GCGCGGCCCGGGGCGGGGCUCGCCGCCCGGCUCCUCCUCCGCGCGCGGCCUGGCGGCGGCGGCCACUCUAACCAGCGCAAAAUGUCCCUGGAACAGGAGGAGGAAACGCAACCUGGGCGGCUCCUAGGACGCAGCGACGCCGUCCCCGCCUUCAUUGAGCCCAACGUGCGCUUCUGGAUCACCGAGCGCCAAUCCUUUAUUCGACGAUUUCUUCAAUGGACAGAAUUAUUAGAUCCUACAAAUGUGUUCAUUUCAGUUGAAAGUAUAGAAAACUCGAGGCAACUAUUGUGCACAAAUCAAGAUGCUUCCAGCCCUGCCUCGGCGGACCAAAGGAUACAAGAAGCUUGGAAGCGGAGUCUUGCAACAGUGCAUCCCGACAGCAGCAACCUGAUCCCCAAGCUUUUUCGACCUGCAGCGUUCCUGCCUUUCAUGGCGCCCACGGUAUUUUUGUCAAUGACACCACUAAAAGGGAUCAAGUCCGUGAUUUUACCUCAGGUUUUCCUCUGUGCCUACAUGGCAGCGUUCAACAGCAUCAAUGGAAACAGAAGUUACACUUGUAAGCCACUAGAAAGAUCAUUACUAAUGGCGGGAGCCGUUGCUUCUUCAACUUUCUUAGGAGUAAUCCCUCAGUUUGUCCAGAAGAAGUAUGGCCUGACUGGCCCUUGGAUUAAAAGAAUCUUACCUGUGGUCUUCCUCGUGCAAGCCAGUGGAAUGAAUGUCUACAUGUCCCGAAGUCUUGAAUCCAUUAAGGGGAUUGCGGUCAUGGACAAGGAAGGCAAUGUCCUGGGCCAUUCCAGAAUUGCUGGGACAAAGGCUGUUAGAGAAACGCUAGCAUCCAGAAUAGUGCUGUUUGGGACCUCAGCUCUGAUUCCUGAAGUCUUCACCUACUUUUUUAAAAGGACCCAGUUUUUCAGGAAAAACCCAGGGUCAUUGUGGAUCUUGAAACUGUCUUGUACUGUCCUGGCAAUGGGACUGAUGGUGCCAUUUUCUUUUAGUAUAUUUCCACAGGUUGGACAGAUACGGUACUGUAGUCUUGAAGAGAAAAUUCCGUCUCCAACAGAAGAAACAGAAAUCUUUUAUCACAGAGGGGUGUAGGCGUGAGUUUUAGGUGAAUUUAUGUGGUUCCUGCUUGAAAACCUUCCCCUCUCCAGGUUCGGUUUAGAGAACUUUGCCACAGGUCUUCUGGGGACCCCAGAGGUGUCUGUGCUGACAAGGCGACUUAAAAUUCCAUACUGAGAUCGUUCCCAGGCUGAUGUGUCUGGGGUUUUUAAGGCUGGCUGGAGAAGACAGUGGGAGGGUGCCCCGUCUGACACCCCUGGGGUUGCUGAGGGAACGGUUGGAGUGGGGAUCGGCCUGCAAAAGGAUAUUGUGAAAUCACUAAUUAACUAAUAAACCUGUCUCAAGUUGAGGAUUUGAAGAAAGAACACAAA